AUGGCAACAGCAUAUUUGCCUGGUUCUCAAUGCCUGAAAUACCAGCCCUUUGCUGUGGUUGAUGGUGGUUCCAACCGUGCUUGUCGAGGGUCUCAUCCCGCCGACACUUGGAGUAGCUACUAUGAACUCUAUGGCCCAGAUCUUGUCAAGACUCUAGAUCAUUGCAAAUCCCUUUGUAUGGCCAAAGAAAGCUGCAAAGGCAUUGAAUAUCGAGACGGUCGCUGCGAAGUUUGGACACGCCGUGCUGGCAUUGGCUCUUCCGCUGCAAGCACGGGUUCAAUGUGCCUUCGUAAAGCUUGGGCUGAGACUUCAAGUGCUUUCCACGCAGUUUUUGGUGUCAACCAAAAAUGUGAAGGUGAGAAAACGCCUGACUACAUCGGGCCACAGCUGGUGAGUACAGAGGAAGAGUGUCGAGCUUUGUGCAUUUCAACUCCUGGAUGCAGCGGCAUCGAUUUUGGUUUUUUAGGCUGCAGAAUUUGGACGGAAAUUCGGGGCUCAGCACCUGAGGCUGGUUCAAGCUGCUUCGUGUAUGACGCCUUCGAACCAAUCGAUGGAGGAGAAGACCGUGCUUGUCGUGGCUCUGACUCCACUGAUGACAACUCUUCAAACUAUGUGUGGCAUGAGCAAAUUGUUCCUUCCCUAUUUGACUGUAAGCUCCAAUGCACGACCGUUUUUGGGUGUAAAGGCAUAUCCUUUGGCGAGUCAGGCUGUCAGUUGUGGACAAGAGACAAAGGCAUUCAAGCAAGUGUUGCUCUUUCAGGAAGCAAGUGCUUGCGUUAUAUGCCGUUCACUCCAGUGAGACUUCGUUCCGACCAGUCUUGUGUUGGAACGGGCAACUUUCAUGCAUACACUCUUCAAGAGGUGUCUUCGUUGGAGCUGUGCCAAGUGCGCUGCAUCGAGACUGCUGGUUGCACAGCGAUAGACUUUGGUGCCUUGGGGUGCAAAGUUUGGGAUGGAGACAUUCAGAUUGAAAGCAAGAAAGGCUCAAUAUGUUUAAGAUAUGGUGCAGAUUGGUCGAGUGCAUCAGCUUUUAAACCAGUUGAUGGCGGGAUGGCUCGUGCAUGCCGUGGAGAGAAUGAGACAGACAACUUGGACAGUUACUUUACCUUAUUCUGGGCAUGGCCAGAGAAUUCUUCCAUUGGUGCGUGCCAAGACAGAUGUGUUCGCACCCCAGGGUGCCAAGGCAUUGAAUUUCGGAUGGGUGGCUGCGAAGUUUGGAUGACAAAGAUUCAGAGUUUUGUCUUUGCUUCAGGGCGCAUUUGUAUGCGUUACGAACCCUUUCAACCAUUGGAUGGUUUUGGCGAUCGAGUGUGUCGAGGAAGCAAUCUCACUGACUCCACAACUGAUUACUACUUCCUGAAGUCACCUGAGGAAACGCCCAAUUUGGAAGCCUGUCAAAACCUUUGCCUUGAAACUCCCUCCUGCAAAGGUGUUGAAUAUCGAGCCAAUGGAUGGUGUGAGAUUUGGACUCGACCCCAUGGCAUUGGUGCCGUAGCUCCAUCUUCAGGAGCUUCAUGUUUGCGAUAUGAACCGUUCCUCUUUGUUGAUGGUGGAAUUCAUCGAGCAUGUCGAGGUGCCAAGCCUUCUGACAACUGGGAGAGCUAUUACACCCUCGCUGCAGUCCCAGACGCAAAUGUCACGAAGACCUUGAUGUCCCUCGCUGAAUGUAAGGAUUCAUGUUUGAGCACCUGGAAUUGCAAGGGGAUUGAAUAUGAAUCUGGCCGCUGCAAGGUAUGGCACCGUUCUGGUGGCAUUGGCACGACAGUUCCAAAGAUGGGUGCGCUUUGCAUGAGCUUGAGCCGAAUGGCACCGGCUAUCGAUUCCUUCGUGUAUUUCCAUGGUGGACAAGAUCGGUCCUGCCGUGGCGAGGACGAUGCAGAUCGCGAUCCAAGUUACUACAUUCUAUUUGGACCAGCUCGGGCAAGAUCCUUGGAAGAAUGCAAGACCCUUUGUGUCUCUACACCAGGCUGCAGAGGUAUAGAUUUCAGUGACUCUGGAUGUCAAGUGUGGACGAGGGAAGGUGGAAUUCUCUCAAGCGUAUCGGAGAAAGGUUCCGUUUGCCUGACAUAUGAACCAUUUCAGACAGUGGAUGGAGGCACCAACCGAGCAUGCAGUGAUGGGGGCGGUUUGCCGAACAGUUUCAUCUUCUACCAGGCUCAAGAAACUCCGUCUCUUCAGAGCUGCAAGCAGAAGUGUGCUGCUCGAGCCGACUCGAGCUCGACUUGCAAAGGGAUUUCAUUCAAUGAAAGCGGAUGUGUGGUUUGGACAGUUGGCAUUCAUGGAUCUACAGCAAGAGAGGGAAGCACAUGCUUGCGCUUCGAACCUUUCAUUGAUAUCAAUGGGGGACAGGACCAAUCAUGCAGAGGAGCGCAUAUUUUUGAUGACUCCAGUCUACACUACACAUCGUUCAGCAAGUCUGAAGUCAUGUCCCUGGAAGAAUGUAGGUCCAAAUGUGUAGAAACUCCUGGUUGCCGCGGAGUUGAGUUCAAUCAACAAGAAGGCAUCGGUUGCCGGGUUUGGUUGAAACCUGAAGGAAUCGGCACGACAGUACCACAUGUUGGAUCAACUUGCCUCCGUUUUGGAAGUCCAGAUCCGUUGCGCUUUGCUUCGGCUUUUGAUCCGGUAGAUGGAGGUUUGCAUCGUGCAUGCCGCGGGGCCAACGAAAGCGACAAUUCUGAAGCCCACUGGAUUUUCCACAGUAUCUCUGAAGUGAGAACAUUGGAGGCUUGCGAAAUGCGGUGCAUUUUUACGCCUGGCUGCGUUGGUAUUGAGUUCAAUCAGUGGGGCUGUGAAGUAUGGAUGCGAAGCGAAGGCGUUGAGACUUCGGUCUAUGCUCCAGGAUAUCAAUGCUUCCGCUAUGAACCGUUUCGCUCUGCAGAUGGCUUUGAUGGGCGAGCCUGCAGGGGAGCUGAUAGCAAUGACAAUCUUGCGGAGCAUUUCACAGUCUUUUUGGCCGCCGAGAGUAGCUCCUUUGAUGGUACCUUGCGAGACUGCCAGCGCUUGUGCGCCGCAACUUCAUCCUGCAAAGGUGUGGAGUACAUGAAUGGACGCUGCGAGGUGUGGACAAGAUCUGCUGGGAUCGGGGCAACGGCGCCAGCACUUGGAUUGCAAUGCCUCCGCUACGAACCGUUUGUGAACGUGGAAGGUGGAAUUGGCAGAGCAUGUCGUGGAGCAGAUCCAUUUGAUGAUUGGCCCAGCUACUACAACCUGACCUCGACACAUUCUGUGGAGGAGUGCAAGCAUCUUUGUAUGGGCACCAUAGGCUGCAACGGCAUCGAAUACAGCCGAGAUGGCCGAUGUGAACUUUGGGCCCGGGACAGAGGAAUUGGCAGCUCCGCACCAUCACCUGGGUCAGUGUGUAUGCGAUAUGGUUCAUGGGACCCGUCGGACGUACUUGAUGGCUUCCUACCAGCAGAUGGAGGCUUGGAUCGCGCGUGCCGAGGAGCUGACAGAUUCGACAUGAACUCAAGCCAUUAUUCUUGGUAUGCGCUGGACAUGGCUCCAACUUUGGAUGCCUGCAAAGCCAUUUGUACGAUCACGCCUGGAUGUAAAGGCGUCGAGUACAGUCGCUUCGGGUGUGAAGUGUGGACACGGUAUGAGGGAAUUGGGGCAACUGCAAUAGUUUCUGGUAUAGUGUGCUAUCGCUAUGUGGCAUUUGAGGCAGUAGAUGGUGGGCAUGAUCGUGCAUGUCGAGGAUCAAAUGAAGAAGAUUCAGGAGAGCAAAACUUCAUCCUAUUCUCUGAGGUUGGUUCGCUUGGGUCUUGUCAGGCAGUGUGCAUGGCAAGACCUGGCUGUAAAGGAGUGUCCUACAGCCUGCAAGGGUGUGAACUAUGGACUAGAGCUUUUGGCAUAGAAUCUUCCGUUGCUCAGGAAGGCUCUUUCUGUUAUCGGCAUGAACCAUUUACAUCAGCCGAUGGGGGCAAAGACCGAGCCUGCAGAGGAGCCAAGCCCUGGGACAACUCCACUGAGCAUUUCAGAGAGGUCAAUUUACAGGCAGGAACUCUCGCAAAGUGCAAAGCACUUUGUGUGGGAUCGCCCGGUUGUAAAGGGAUUGAGUUCAAGCCCUCCGGAGCUUGCUUGAUUUGGACCAGGCCUGGAGGAAUAGAUGACACUGCAGUGGCUCCAGGCUCUAUUUGCCUCAGAUAUGGAGCCACGCAAGCAGGAGCAGCUGAAGAAGGCAGCCGACUCGGUCAGAUACAUAUCGCUUCCAACCCAGAGCUGUGCCUGGAUGUUGCUGGUGGGCUGACCAUGAACGGUAACCAAGUACAAGUAUGGCCUUGCGUUGGCUCCUCCACGCGUUUCAUUCUGAACAACGAGUCAACGGCGCAAAUUCGAUGGCUUGACCACCCAGAGAAAUGCCUGGAUGUUGACUCUGGAACCAAAAGUAAUGGCACGAGAAUACAGAUUUGGGACUGUGGUGAGCUGGCUCAUCCUAACAUGCAGUUCCUGUUUCCAGACAGUGGAAUUGGGCAGAUCAGGUGGGCUGUGCACCUGGAUAUGUGCCUGGAUGCUGCCAACACAGCAGGAAGUCAUGUGUUUCUGUGGUCCUGCAGGAAAGCAUCUCGUUUCUCUCGCCUGGUGUUGCCGCCGGGGGAGGUGCGCACUGUUCGUCAAACGAAAUUUGUGGGCCACUACUUGCCCUGGUUCUUGGGCAACAAUGUAAAUGAAGCAUGUGCCCAAGCAGGGCCUCUUUGUACUUACAAGAAUGACCAUUGGUGUUCCACUUAUGGCAACUCAUAUUAUUCCAGCUAUUUGGGAGCAUACGACAUCAGUGACCAGACUACAAUUGACAGACAACUGGAUUUGAUGGCAGCAUCUGGCUUGGACGGUUUAUGGAUUGAUUACCAAAUGUCAACAUGGGAUGACCAUGUCGAUCGAGUCGUAGCAGGUCUGAAAACUCGAGGAAUGGGCUUUGCUAUCAUGGUCGACUCCGCAACCUUUCCAGAUGUCAUGAUCACCACGGCACCGAAAGUGGUAAAUUGGACCCAAGAGCCGCACUACUAUCGGCACCAAGGAUUGCCCAUUGUGCCCAUUUGGAACAACGAAGAAACCAUUUUUUCACCACUGCCGAUCAACGCAAUCUACAUCUCAAGGAUAGAACUCGUUCCUCCCGAGUGGGCUUCUGACACUUACACUUGGGUGUCGGACACUUAUCUUGAGAGGUAUUAUGAGGAAGAUCACCCUGUGGUAUCCUCUGGCUCGGUCUUCCGCGGAUAUCGAGACUGCUACUUCAACAAGACUCUUCAGGAGCCGAAUGUCUCUUUAUUGGAAAUCACUUUGCAGAGGGCAAGGCGUCACCGGCCCGAAUUCAUCCAACUCACAACAUGGAAUGACUAUACAGAAGGCACGCAGCUGGAACCCAGCUGGUUGAGACCUAAUGAUGAAUGUGUGGAUGUGUGUGGGGAGAAUUGCUUGUUAACGACAGACUGCCACUCCUUUGGCCUUCAUACUGACUGUACCAAGCCAGUCGGUAUGGCAUUUGGACCAGCCGACCCAUCCUGCAACAUCUCGGGGAACCUGAGUGCGUUCGCAGACAUUAACCAGGUCGCAGAAUUCAUCGCGCGUGAAAGGCAGAUUGGUAAAGCCUUGGCUGCCGCAAGUUCAGGCUGA